ACGGAUGCACCCAGUCAGUGUCUGCUAGGCUGUCGGAUCUAGUCGACUAGGCUAGGGGUUGCAAAAAAUCAAACGGAAAAAGCGCAGCGUGCAGUUCAAGUGACGAAAUCAGUGGAAGAAGUGUAUCGAUUUGGUGCCACAUUCUUCUAGGAUUUUCUACAAACCCAAAGGCCUAACAUCAUCAGCGAUGGGUCAUCUGAGCACCGUUGUGGUAGCGCUGCUGGGCGCGUUUGCCGUCUGCCGUGCGGCGCCCGCCGCAAUUCUGCAGCCCGCCGCCCAGUACUACCUGAUACAGCAGCAGCCGGCGACGCUCAAGAUUCAGCCGCAUCUCAUUCAACCGAUCCAGCAGCUGAAGCUCGAGCCCAAGCAGUACGUCUACUACUAUCCGUCGCUGCCGCUGGCCACCGCGACCCACACCACCACCCAGUACACCGAGAGCAAACCGAUCCGGCUGGUGACGCUGAAGCAGGACGAGGGCAACUGGUGGUCGAACGUGUUUUCCUUCCUGCAGCCACCGGCCACCGAGAUGCCGACGUCCGAGGGCGAAACGACGGAAGCGCCUGCCGCGGCUGGCGGCGAAAGCGCCAAGGCACCGGAGAAGAAGCUGAUGUUCAUGGCACCGGCCGACGCGGAGAAGGGACCGGAAACGCCCGCCUCGACCGCGGCCCUGCCCCAGCCCCAGCGCUACUACAUCCUGAGCGGUACGCCCCAGUUCUACGGCAACUUUGACGCCCUGCAGAACCCGCUCAGCCCGGUGUUCAGCCUGCAGCCGCUGCAGGCCAUCCACGCCCGCGCCAACUCGGACAUCCAGGCGGAGGAUGAGCUGCAGCCCAAGUUCCAGGCCCAGAUCGUGUCGUCGCUCGCGCCGAUUGCUCCCGUGCCGGCGGCUGUGCCCGCUCAGCUGAAGAACGAUCUGCUCGAGUCGCACCAGGACAAGGAGCAAACGAUCGACCGCGCCUGGGCCCGUUCGCUGGACGAUGAGCAGCAGCAGCCGGAACAGCAGCAGGUUAUGAUGGAGGACGAGGAGGUGCCGGCCGUGGUCGUCCAGGGCCGCUCGAAGGCCGACGAGGAGGCGCCCGAAAUUCAGCCCGUCGACGAGGAGAAGGACGGCAAGCAGGAGGGCAUGCAGCGCAGCGUGAACGAUCCGGCCAUCGCCGCCGUGAAGCCGUCGGGUAUUGCACUGGCCGGCCGGGGUGGUGUGGCUGCCUCAGCCCCCACCGGGACGGCGAUCGUCGGUAAGAAUGGUCUAGCGUUGGCUUCACCGUCGGCCACUUCCGUUGCAGGUAACUUCUUCGACGAGGAGGAGGACGGCGAGAAGAAGAAGCCGCUGUAAGGAUGAAGACUGUCAACCCCCACCCUUAUGACCGCCCGAGAACCGAAGCCACGAAGAAAGCAUCAGCACGACAUCAGGAUAUAGCUGUAUACGACAAUCAAAAUUGAAGAAUUCAAGGUUUUUUUG